AUGACCUUUGGCGAUACUUCCAUGUUUGGUAGCCAGCACUCUGAUGACCCAGGUCCUCCAAGGAAGGGGGCGCGCACUGAGGAUUCCGACUGGCUCCGCGAGAUGUUCGGUGACAUCUGCUCGAACAUGGCCACGAAGUCCGACGUCGCUGAGGCCAAGCGCACCACCAACGAACAUGAGGUCAACAUAGACGCGCAGGCCUCUCGCAUGAAGUCCGUCGAGGACAAGUCCAACAACAACAUGGGUGUUGCCCAAGAGGCUGCAGCUCCAGUGCUCCCCGAGGCGGUCGACAGACAGCUGAAGGCAGUGCAGGAGCAGAACAAGAGGAUGCAAGCAGAGCUAUCUGCCAUCUCUCCCCCCUCUCCUACCAGCAGGUCGAGUGCUUCGGCCGCAUCUCACGACGUGGAGAAGGCGAGUGACAACUGCAAGAUCUGGAUCGCUGGCUCCCUUUGUCCUCUGCUCAGCAAUGUGAUGGACGCGCAUGCUACUCAACUACAUCGCCAGCAUUCCCACAAUUUCCAGACCGCGUACAGCAUCGCGUUCGAGUCGCCGACGUGCGCCAAGGACUUCCUGGCGUGCGCUCGCACGUUCGGAGUGGUAUGGCACGAUCCUCGCACCAACGCAGACUGCCAGUUGAAGAUGCAUGAAUGCGUCGUGGACGCAGCCAAGUCCGCCAACAACUGGAACGAACGCUGCACGUCGGGGUCACAGGGGUAUCGAGGUACUCCAUGGCUGAUCGCUAACGACGACACCGAGAAUCUCUUCAAGGCCAAGGGCGCCGACUCCAUGCAGCUCGAUGUCAUCCCGAACGUCGAGGCGCUGAAGAAGCUCGGCUUCGCCGAGGAGACCAUCAGCCACGCGAGCAAGUGCCUCUUCUACGUCUUCCAGUUCGUCUGGGCCUCCCGGCUCGAGCUGUUCGUCAUCUGGGUGGGGCCGGUCUCCGGACGCAAGCAGUUAGCGUGCAACGCCCUUCAGGCCGCGGCGAAGCUUGUCCGAGCCAAGCUUGAGCAGAAGGGCAGGGGGCGGCCCGAGGUCGAAGCGCACGCGAGCUGCGACCCCGCGCGGGGCGGCGAGGUGAUGCUGCACGUGUACGACAAUGGCUCGCACCGGGUCCAGGCAAUCAACGCGAUGCUUGCCCCGCUCGAUAUGGGGAUCUACCAUUGCGGGUUGGAGGUGUACGGCUGGGAAUGGAGUUUCUCGGACACUAGCAGCGUGGACAGCACGUCUGGGGUAUUUUGUACCCGUCCUGCGCAGAGUCCGGGCUUCAACUAUCUGGAGUCACUUUCAUUGGGCGACACCGUCGUCUCCCCUGUGAGCUGGCGCAAGAUCAUAGGAGCCAGGACGGAGCACCGGAGAUUCGGGGACAAGAUCGGACCCAGGAGGUUGACGCCGACGACCACGGAUAAUGCCCAGGCAGAGAGCUAG